AUGGCGCGCAUUUUCUCCCUAGCAAGUCCAGUACCUGCGGCUUAUCAGGAAGGCAAAAAGCAUGGCGAUCAAGUCAAAUUCCCAGAUACUCCGUUUUUCAAGGGCUUUAACAAGCCAUCCCGACUCGAGGCAGACAUUUUUGAGCUAGAAACUACUGGCACAAUUCCAAAAGAUAUCAAUGGCACUUUCUUUCGCAUACAGCCGGACCACCGCUUUCCGCCUCUUUUUGAAGAAGAUAUACAUUUCAAUGGUGAUGGCUCUGUAUCUGCCUUUCGGUUCGAAAAUGGCCAUGUUGACUUUCGACAACGAUAUGUACAUACAGAUCGUUUCAAAGCAGAGACAAAAGCCCGGCGCGCAUUGCUCGGUCGGUACAGGAACCCUUAUACCGACAACGAAAUGGUAAAGGGCAUCAUAAGAACCGCGUCAAAUACCAACGUAAUCUUUUGGCGGGGUGUUCUUCUUGCAAUGAAGGAAGACGGUCCACCAUUCGCCAUGGAUCCAGUCACUCUCGAAACAAUCGGCCGCUACGACUUUGACGGCCAAGUGCAAUCUCCCACGUUUACCGCACAUCCCAAGUUCGAUCCAGACACUGGAGAAAUGGUUUGCUACGGCUAUCAAGCCGGAGGCAACGGCUACGACGCUAGCUGUGACAUCGUCGUCUACACGAUCGACAAAGACGGGAAGAAGACAGAAGAGUGCUGGUACAAAGCACCCUUCUCCGGCAUGAUCCACGACUGUGCCAUCACAAAGAACUACCUAGUCUUCCCCUUAACUCCCAUCAAAGUCAGCGAAGACCGACUCAAAAAAGGCGGAAACCACUUUGCCUGGGACCCGAAUGAAGACCAAUGGUACGGCAUCGUCCCACGUCGAAACGGCAAACCCGACGACAUCAUCUGGCUCCGCGCAGACAACGGCUUCCACGGCCACAUAGCCGGCUCCUACGAAACCCCCGAUGGCAAUAUAGUAGUCGACCUAACCAUAGCCUCCGACAACGUCUUUUUCUUCUUCCCGCCCGACCCUCCUCCCCCUUCCACCCCAUCCACCCUCCAACAACGCAACAAACUCGUCUCAGACACCUACCGCUGGAUCUUCGACCCCAAAACGCCCACGCAUACACGCGUCCAGCCGCAUAAAGUGUUUGGUAUAAACGGCGAGUUCUCGCGUAUAGAUGAUAGAGUGUUGACCAAACAGUACAAUCACUUUUGGCAGUGUAAUAUCGAUCCCACCAAACCGUAUGACGGGGCGAAAUGUGGGCCGCCAGCUGGUGGGCUGUUUAAUGUACUGGGGCAUUAUGAGUGGGAUACUGGACGCAAAGAUAUGUACUGGGCGGGUCCGACGUGUACGUUUCAGGAGCCGGUGUUUGUGCCGAGGCGGUCUUCCUCUUCUUCAUUGGAAGGGGAAAACAGGGAGGGGGAGUUUGAAGAGGGAGACGGAUACAUCAUUGCGCUGUUGAAUCAUUUGGAUGUGCUGAGAAACGACAUUAUGAUUUUUGACGCGAGGAAUUUGGAACAGGGGCCGUUGGCUGUGGUGCAUUUGCCGGUUAAGUUGAGGUUGGGGUUGCAUGGGAAUUUUGUGGAGCAGAAGGAGAUUGAGGGGUGGAGGGAGAGGAGGGAACGGGGGGAAGUAGGAGCUGUGAGGGCGGCGGCGGAGUUGUUGCCGUGGCAGAAGAGGAUGAAGGAAACGGAGGGUUUGGGGAGUUUGGUGGAUGUGCCUGGGGAAGAGGGGGUGAAUGGGGCGAAUGAAGGGAGUUGA